UGAUGAUGGCUGUGAUACUGCUCGGUUGAUUGUUGCAGCAGAGUUCUGACUAUCGGAUUGUGUUGUAGAUGUGGGUGUGCCGUUACCCAGACUCUUGCCCCUGUGUGGUCACUUGCAGAACCGGUUACGGACGGCAUUGUUUGGUGACCGGGCACAUUACUGCUAGGCUGCCGGUUGCUGGGUGUGCAAUGCAGCCGGGCUGGGCGGACUCCGGCUGCUGAGGAAGCGGAAGUGUUGCUGCUCCGGUCCAAUCUGCUUUGGCUGCCACGUUGGUGGCGACGUGGACUUGUGGGACCCGGCACCGGAGCGUGGGCUGGCUCGGCCGCGGCACCGACACGCACUCGCGGACAGGAGCCCGAGUUUGAAGAAGAAUGAAGCUGAAGGUUAUCAACCGGACCGCCAUCCAGGCAUGGAGUCCCUCCCAACAUCACCCUGUUUACUUGGCUGCAGGUACCUCAGCCCAGCAGCUGGACGCGACGUUCAGCACCAACGCUUCCCUGGAGAUCUUUGAGCUGGACCUAGCCGAUUCCACCCUGGACAUGAAAUCCUGUGGUACCUUCUCGUCCAAUCACAGGUACCACAAGCUGAUUUGGGGCACCCAUGGAAAUGCAUCUGAGGGCCUGGUGUCCGGUGUCCUUGUGGCUGGUGGCGAAAAUGGGAACAUCAUUCUGUAUAAUCCAUCUGAAGUUAUUUCAGGAGGAGAGGGAGUUGUGAUCGGCCAGAAUGAUAGUCACAGCGGCCCAGUCAGAGCUCUCGAUUUUAAUCCUUUUCAGAACAACCUUGUUGCCUCAGGAGCCAAUGAGUCUGAGAUCUACAUCUGGGAUUUGAAUAAUUUUGAUACACCAAUGACACCAGGACCAAAAUGUCAGCCGCUUGAAGACGUCAGUUGCGUUGCCUGGAACAGGCAAGUGCAGCAUAUUCUGGCUUCGGCUACCCCCAGUGGCCGCACCGUUGUUUGGGACCUGCGGAAGAAUGAACCCAUUUUGAAAGUCAGCGACCACACUAACCGAAUGCACUGCUCGGGCCUGGCCUGGCAUCCCGACAUCGCUACGCAGAUGGCCGUGGCCUCGGAGGAUGACCGGAUGCCAGUGAUUCAGAUGUGGGAUCUCCGGUUUGCGACGUCUCCUCUGCGGACACUGGAGAGCCACACCAGAGGAAUUUUAGCCAUUGCCUGGAGCCUGGCAGACCCCGAGCUGCUGCUGAGCUGUGGCAAGGACAACCGCAUGCUCUGCUGGAACCCCAACACUGCGGAGGUUGUGUACGAGCUGCCCACAGCGACACAGUGGUGCUUUGAUAUUCAGUGGUGCCCCAGGAAUCCCGCUGUCCUCUCUGCUGCUGCUUUCGACGGCCACAUCAGCAUCUACUCGCUAAUGGGUGGAAGCCUGGAUGCACAAAGGCAGAAGCAGGUUGACAACAUUUCUUCUUCCUUUGGGAAUUUGGAUCCAUUUGGUACGGGACAAGCUCUCCCUCCCUUGCAGCUCCCUCAGUCCAUCACUCAGCCUAGUACUAUGCUGCCCCUGAAGAAGCCACCCAAGUGGAUCCGCCGUCCCGUGGGAGCUACGUUUGCCUUUGGAGGAAAGCUGGUCACGUUUCAGCACACAAAGCCCCAGCCCCAGCAGCAGGACGUCCCGUUCCAAGUGUUUGUUAGCCAAGUGGUGACCGAAUCGGAACUCCUGAGCCGCUCCAACGAGCUGCAGAAUACCAUCCAUUCGGGAAGUUUUGUGGAGUACUGCCAGUCGAAAAUUAAUGCUGCCCAGACGGACUUUGAGAGAAAUGUCUGGGGGUUCUUAAAGGUGAACUUUGAGAAAGAUCAUCGCAAUAAGUACCUGGAACUUCUAGGAUACAAAAAAGAAGAACUUGCAGAAAAGAUUGCAUCAGCACUGCAAAGUGGGGCAGGCAAGAUCGGGCUUCCAUCAGAUCAGGCUCCCAGGGACUCUGAGCAGCCAGCAGAGAAUGCUGAAGACAGCCCUGCUUUAGAAGAUCAGUGCCUGGGGGAGGUGGAAAAUGAGCACAGAGAGGACGAGGACGAGGAUAAGACAACGUCCAAGAAGCAAGUUGAGAAAGAACCAAAAUUCAGUAUCUCUAUUAGUGGAGAUGUUGAUGGGUUGAUCACACAGGCUUUGUUGACGGGCAACUUUGAAGGGGCCGUUGAUCUUUGCUUGCAUGAUAACCGAAUGGCUGACGCCAUCAUUUUAGCAAUAGCCGGCGGGCAGGAACUGCUGGCCAAGACACAGAAAAAAUACUUUGCCAAAACAAAUAGCAAGAUCACCAGGUUGAUAGAUGCUGUGGUGACGCGGGAUUGGGAAGAAAUUCUGCAGUCAUGUGAUCUUCAGAAUUGGAAAGAAGCUUUGGCUGCCUUGUUGACGUACGCUGGGCCUGAUGAAUUUGCUGCACUUUGUGAUUAUUUGGGUGCACGUUUGGAGAGAGAAGGGGACAACAGCCUUCAAGCUCAAGCUUGCCUGUGCUACAUCUGUGCCGGUAACGUGGAGAAGCUGGUUGCCUGCUGGGAUAGAGCUCAGAAUGGUAACUCUCCCCAUGCUCUCCAGGAUCUCAUAGAGAAAGUGGUGAUUUUGCGUAAAGCCAUCGAACUUACCCAGGGAGCACACAACAACGGAGUAGGGGCCGUCCUAGCAGAGAAGAUGAGUCAGUAUGCGAGUCUGCUGGCAGCCCAGGGAAGUUUAGCUGCUGCUUUGUCUUAUCUGCCUACUGACGCAAAUCAGAUGACAAUCCUACAUUUACGUGACAGACUGUUCCGUGCCCAGGGUGAACAAGUAGCAGGGCAGGAAUCGGCUCCUUCCUCUUACGUGAAGCAUCAAGCUCCGAGAGGCAGUGCUGGUUUAGGUCACUCACUCAACCAAGGACAGGUGCAGCCUUCAGCCCCCACCCAACAGUACUACCCACAGGUUAAAGCAGCCCACACAGUUACAUCAUGGAGUAAUCAAACAUGCACUGCCCUCCCCAGCUUUAUUCCACUCUCUGCAUCUAACACACAGGGUGAAGCCCCCCCACCACCAGGAUUCGCGCUGCAGGCAAUUCCAAAUCCUGUUGGGCAGAUUCAGGCACCGAACUCAACAUCCACUGCAUACAACAUCUAUUCCCAGAUUGGAUCCCGUCAGGUGUUCCCCCCAACUCAUCAGCCACAGCAGUACCCUCACGGAGCUGGAGGCCCAGCUUACUAUCAACCUCAUCAACACUCUGCACCUUCAGCCCCGUCUGCAUAUUUCCCUCCUGCUCCUUCUCACUCUUUGCCUUCGGCUGUGGCUCCUCGGUACCCAGGGCAGCCUCAGGUGUCCCCCCCAGACUCCAGCCCCGCCUCCGCUUUUCCGACUCUCUCUGGAGCAUCCUACCAGCAUGGCGGACCAGGAGCUCCAGCGUCCUCUGCAGCCUAUCCACCAUCAACAGGACCACCAGGUACAGCAGCUGCAAGUAUCGGACUGCCUGCCUCACAAAGAACAGGAGAUGUGUAUCCCCAGGACCAAAUUAUUUUCUUAGAAGGACCACAAAAUGGUUGGAACGACCCUCCAGCUUUGAGUAGGAUGACAAAGAAGAAGCAAAUGUUUUCCGGCAGCUUCACCCCUCCUGCACCCAUCACUGCUCCCAUAAUGAACCCAGUUGCAGACCCUCAGGCCUCGAUCCAGAGCCAGCAGUCUGUUGCUCCGCCGCACACUUCGUUCCAGACCUCCCAGCAACUUCCCAACCAACCGGGAGCUCAGAAUCCAUAUCAAGGAAUGUUGCAACCGGCAGUUCCGACGAUGGUGCCGAAGCAUAGCACGGAAGAAGCACCCGGCGCUCCGACUGGUGACAUUAUGCUGCCAGUGCAACCAGUAACAACUGAGAAAAUCGCCAAGAAACCCAUUCCAGAAGAGCAUGCGAUUCUGAAGAUCACGUUUGAAGGACUGAUUGAGCGAUGUAUGAGUGCAGCCACUGAUCCGCAAACCAAGAGAAAGCUGGAUGAUGCUAACAAGCGACUAGAAUCCCUGUAUGACAAGCUACGGGACCAAGUGCUCUCACCAGUCAUAAUUGGCGGUUUGCACAACAUAGCGAGGAGCAUUGAAAGCCAGAACUACACUGAAGGGUUAAGCAUACACACACACAUAGUGAGCACCAGCAACUUCAGUGAGAUCUCAGCAUUUAUGCCGAUCCUGAAGGUGGUCCUCACCCAGGCUAAUAAACUAGGUGUUUGAUAUCAAAAUGUAUUUGAAAAGACAGCUAUAUACUUUAUGAAAAGCAAUGAUGGCCAAACCUAUGCUGACUUAGAUGUGAAAAUCUAAGCAAAGACCCUUCGAAUACUCGUGGUUAAAUGUAGAUUGGACAAUUUCUUCGAUCCACGUUGCAUUUUUCCAUAGCGUCUUCUGUAACGAGGCAAAACAUUCCAAUAUAUAAUCUGAUAAAAUUAUGUAAAUGGGAAUGCACCUUGAUCUUUUAAAUCUAUGUUGCCUGUAUAUUUUUUUUUAAAAA